GGCGCGCGGUGGAGGGGAAAUGGCUGCCGAAAACAAGCCGGAAGGACUGAAGAAGAUAAGAAAUCCAGAGCGAAUGGUCAGGAUUGCUGUUGGUUACACAGGACACACCCCUCCCAAGAGUGACGACACUGACGCCAACAAUGAGCCAGGCCAAUUGAAGAUAUACCUUCCCAAAAAGCUGCUAGAGUGUCUACCCAAAUGUUCCUCUCUGCCCAAGGAGCGCCAUCGCUGGAACACCAACGAGGAGAUUGCUGCAUAUCUCAUCACUUUUGAGAAACAUGAUGAGUGGCUGACGACAUCGCCAAAAACCAGGCCUCAAAAUGGCUCUAUGAUCCUCUACAACCGUAAGAAGGUGAAGUACAGGAAAGAUGGCUACUGCUGGAAGAAAAGGAAAGACGGGAAGACCACCCGAGAAGAUCAUAUGAAGCUCAAAGUGCAGGGAGUAGAGUGUCUGUAUGGCUGCUACGUCCACUCCUCCAUCAUCCCCACCUUCCAUCGUAGAUGCUAUUGGCUGCUGCAGAACCCAGACAUUGUGCUGGUGCACUACCUGAAUGUACCGGCAGUGGAUGAUAGCGGGAAGCCAUGUGGUCCUGUCCUCUGCUCCAUCAACACAGACAGGAAGGAGUGGGCCAAGUGGAGCAAGGAGGAGCUCAUUGGACAACUCAAACCCAUGUGUGCUGGAAGCAGCUUGCAUCAAAAAUGUUCCAGUGUCAAGCAGCGCAUCAUCUCAUCCAAGCAGGAGUCAGGGGCAGCAGCAGGAGGUGGAGCUGCAGCGGGUACCGGUGUAGCGGCAGGCCAGAGAGCUGAGGAAGCAGAUGGCACAGAGGUCCAGAACAGUGAUGUGUCAGAGGGCCAGACAGAACCCAGUCCUGGAGGGGGCAGGAGCAGAGCGGGUGGAGGAGAGAGGAGGAAUGGCAGGUUAACCAAACCCUCUUUACUCCCACAGAGCAGCAUGGAGGUGUCCUCCUCCACUUCCACCAACCAGGUGGAGGUCCCUGACACCACCCAGAGCUCCCCAUUGUCAAUCACCAGUGACAUGGCUGACAGCCCCGCUCUCGCCAUUGGGGCUGGCUUGUCGCAGAGCACAGCUGUAUUCAUGUCUGAGGUCACCACGCUGACUGGAGAUUCGGUUUACUCUGCUGGCCACACCCACCUGUUGGCAUCCACCCAUGAGAGUACCACCGCUGGAAUCCUGUUGGCUGUUGCCCCUGAAAACCAGAGGUUUGCGUCGUUUCCUGGUGGGGUAGGCUUAGGGGAGGGAGGAGAGUUGGUUCUGUCCAGCUCUUUAGACUCCAGUGGAGGUGUCAGCCUUCCUGAAACCACCAUGACCUUUGACCCUGAUUGCUUCCUCAACAAUCCCAAGCAGGGCCAGACGUAUGGAGGAGGUGGAGGGAAGACUGAGGGGUGUAAUGGUGAUGAUGGAGGGCUCCACUGUUCUUCUAAUGGCUUUGUCUACAACCCAGCCCUCGUCAACAACAUCAAGACGGAAACGACUCCCCUGGAGCAGCCGCUGGCCACUCAGAGCAGCUAUGUGGGAGAGGGGACAGGCCUUAGCCCCAGCACCACCCUGGAGCAAAUGGACUUCAGUGCUGUCAUGUCAUCAGCCUGUGUCCCAAGUCUGAGUCAGACUGCACACCACCCCUCCCCGAGCCUCUUCCUCCAGGCCUCCCCCCAGACAAACCAGCCCUCCCAACUGCAGACCAAUGGUACUGAGGCAAGCCAGGAAUCAGGUGAGGCCCAAGCUUACAUAGGUCUGCCUACGGUGCCAACAGACUCUCCGGUCACCAAUGGAGAUCCACAUACACACCUCCACCAAGCCAGCCCAGACCAGCAGGCCCUGUGUGGAAGGAAUGGACAAGGAGCAGCAGUGGGAUCUUUUCCCCUGACAACACAGGAUACUACCGUUGACCAGUCAGGCAGCAGGGGACAUCGAGAGGUGGGGGGCUUGGACAAGGCUUCUGAGAAUGGAGGAGAGUUACUACUCAAGCCAGGAGAUCCUCAUGAGGGCUACGCGAGUGUGGACACCGAGCACUACCUGCAACCCACAGAUGACAAUGGAGGAGGAGAGGAGGGUGGAGGAGGUGGUGGUGGAGGAGGUGGAGGGGGAGGGGAAAAUGAGAUUCUCUGUAAUGGUGUAAGCUUGCCAGGGGCCAGCAGUUCAGUGGUGGCCAGUCCUCAGUCGAUAGCUGCUGGUGCAAGCAUCGAGGGGGCUCUCUACAGCUCUCCUCUUCCUCAGCAAGGUGGGGGCGUGUCAGCUACAACAGCUGGGGCAGGAGCAGCCAUCAGUCUGGAAGGUUUUGAGGCUUCAUUUGGAAGCCAGUUCUCUGAUCUCAUCAAUGAUUUCAUCUCAGUUGAGGGGUCUGGGGGUGGUGUGGGAGCAGCUGUCACUGGGGUUCUGAUGCCCCAGGAGGGGGCAGCAGGAGAGGAGCAGGGCACAGGAGCAGGCCACCUGCAGGGCUCAGAGGUGGAGCAGGGAGCUCUGGGACUGCUCCAGGAGACUGGGAGGCUGUUUGGUGUGACAGACUACUCCCCAGAGUGGUCUUAUCCAGAGGGUGGAGUGAAGGUGCUGAUCACAGGGCCGUGGUUGGAGUCGAGCAGUGAGUACAGCUGUCUCUUUGACCACAUCAGUGUCCCUGCUGCCCUCAUCCAGCCUGGGGUGCUGCGCUGCUACUGCCCAGCCCAUGACACAGGACUGGUGAUGCUACAGGUAGCUAUGGGUGGUGAAGUCAUCUCUUCCUCCGUGGUGUUUGAAUACAAGGCGCGUGACCUUCCUGCCCUGCCAUCUUCUCAGCAUGACUGGCUGUCCCUGGAUGAUACCCAGUUCAGGAUGUCUAUCUUGGAGCGUCUGGAGCAGAUGGAACAGAGGAUGGCUGAGAUAACCAAUCAGAACCCCAGCUCAGAAACCAUGGCAACCAAGGGCGGAGGAGUCGAGGGAGGAGGAGCCACUGAGCAGCAGUCUCAAAUUCCUCCUGAUCAGGGUUCAUUCGAGGGUCGCGUGGUGGUAGUAUGUGAGAAGAUGAUGUCUCAGCCAUGCUGGGCGUCUUCUAAUCAGCUCGUACACAGUAAGAACUCCAGAGGAAUGACCUUACUGCAUCUGGCUGCAGCUCAGGGCUACGCAGGGCUCAUUCAGACACUCAUUCGCUGGCGCACAAAGCAUGCUGACAGUAUUGACCUCGAACUGGAGGUUGAUCCUCUCAAUGUAGACCACUUCUCCUGCACUCCACUGAUGUGGGCUUGUGCUUUGGGCCAUACUGAGGCAGCACUGGUGCUUUACCAGUGGGAUCCAAGAGCUCUGGCUAUUCCUGAUUCGUUGGGACGCUUGCCGCUCAACAUUGCUCGAUCCAGGGGCCACACUAGAUUGGCUGAGCUGUUAGAGCACCUACAACAGACUCCUCAAGCUCAGGGUCAGCCUGCUGACACUUGGAUGGAAAGGUGGAGAGGAGAGUCACAGACCAGCGGAAUAAGCAACAACCCCACUCCAAACCCUAACUCAGAGCUGAGGAGAGCCAGGACAGAGAGCCAGCCAGACAACCAGAACCAGAGCUGGAGCCAAACAGGACACAGAGCCCCACAGGGAACCCAGGGAGAACAGGGAGGCCCACCCCCAGCCAAGAGACUCAAACCCAGCCCAGACACCCAGCAACAGCUAGCUAACUCAACCCCCAGCACCAACACCCUCAACUCCUCCCUUAACACCUCCCUAAGUCCCAACCUCCCCAACACCCCACAAACUCAACCCUCCAACCUCAGCUGUCAGAACGCACCUCCUGCCAGCUCCAGCCCUAACCAGCCUCAGCUCCCCAGCACCCCAUUCUCCCUCCUGCAGGCCAGGAUAGGGGGGUCUGGAGGGGGCACCAGGUGGAGUCUGAGACAGACUCUGGGGCAAUGUAGCCUGGCCAGGAGGAUUCUUGGAAAAGAGCGACUGGCCAUUCACCUGCGCCAAAGAGUGCUGUCUGACAGGGGAGAGGAGACAGAGCUGCUGACCUAUCAGGAUAACACUGAGGACUUGCAGAUGGACAUUACGAUGCUAGCUGAUCACAUCAUGGAAGCUUCAACUGGUAGGCUUAAACAGGAGGCUAUGGAGACUCAAACAGACUCUGGGAAGGUGGGGAUCAGCAGUGAUGUCAGGUUACUGUCUGGUUACCUCGGUGAGGUGGAGAGGUUUCUGAACUCCAAGCCCCAGACUCCUUGCCCCAAACCAAACUCUCUCUCAGGGCCUGAGGAUCAGCAGAGUCCUCAGGCUAAGCAAGCCCCAUCCUCCCCCUUUGACUGGAGCUCCUUCCUCUGUGCAGCUAUGAAAGAGGAGAGGUUGAAAACUGACUCCUCCUGUCUAGCCAUGACUGAAACAGAGCAGGGAGAGCUGUAUGAGACCAUCAGGCAUGCCCUGCACUCCCUCAGAAAACACAAGGGUCCCAUUCAGGAACAACGCAAAGAGAUUGCAGCAGUGAUUCAGCGCUGCUAUAAGAGAUACAAGCAGUAUGCACUUUAUAAGAGGAUGACCCUGGCAGCCAUCCUGAUACAGAGUCGUUUCCGGAGUUUCCAUGAGCAGAGGAAGUUCCAACAGAGUCGUAGAGCAGCGGUCCUCAUCCAGCAAUACUACCGCUCCUACAGACACUCCCUCAGCAGCCUCCUAACUAAAAAACAGAACCAGGCUGCUCGCAAGAUCCUGAGGUUCCUGCUCCGAUGCCGCCACAGGGCCAGAGAGCAGAGAAAGGCCAGGGGUCCUGAGAGCCCAUCGUCAGGCCCCACACACAGCCCCCUCAGCCUGUGAGCAAUCUAUACAACUUCCCUGCCCUCCAUCUUGUCCUUUUUCUUUCUCCUCUCCUCCAUCCUUC